AUGGCGCCUGCUCGGUGGAUCAGGAGUGUGUUAUGGCGCCUGCUCGGUGGAUCAGGAGUGUGUUAUGGCGCCUGCUCGGUGGAUCAGGAGUGUGUUAUGGCGCCUGCUCGGUGGAUCAGGAGUGUGUUAUGGCGCCUGCUCGGUGGAUCAGGAGUGUGUUAUGGCGCCUGCUCGGUGGAUCAGGAGUGUGUUAUGGCGCCUGCUCGGUGGAUCAGGAGUGUGUUAUGGCGCCUGCUCGGUGGAUCAGGAGUGUGUUAUGGCGCCUGCUCGGUGGAUCAGGAGUGUGUUAUGGCGCCUGCUCGGUGGAUCAGGAGUGUGUUAUGGCGCCUGCUCGGUGGAUCAGGAGUGUGUUAUGGCGCCUGCUCGGUGGAUCAGGAGUGUGUUAUGGCGCCUGCUCGGUGGAUCAGGAGUGUGUUAUGGCGCCUGCUCGGUGGAUCAGGAGUGUGUUAUGGCGCCUGCUCGGUGGAUCAGGAGUGUGUUAUGGCGCCUGCUCGGUGGAUCAGGAGGUGUUAUGGCGCCUGCUCGGUGGAUCAGGAGUGUGUUAUGGCGCCUGCUCGGUGGAUCAGGAGUGUGUUAUGGCGCCUGCUCGGUGGAUCAGGAGUGUGUUAUGGCGCCUGCUCGGUGGAUCAGGAGUGUGUUAUGGCGCCUGCUCGGUGGAUCAGGAGUGUGUUAUGGCGCCUGCUCGGUGGAUCAGGAGUGUGUUAUGGCGCCUGCUCGGUGGAUCAGGAGUGUGUUAUGGCGCCUGCUCGGUGGAUCAGGAGUGUGUUAUGGCGCCUGCUCGGUGGAUCAGGAGUGUGUUAUGGCGCCUGCUCGGUGGAUCAGGAGUGUGUUAUGGCGCCUGCUCGGUGGAUCAGGAGUGUGUUAUGGCGCCUGCUCGGUGGAUCAGGAGUGUGUUAUGGCGCCUCCUCGGUGGAUCAGGAGUGUGUUAUGGCGCCUGCUCGGUGGAUCAGGAGUGUGUUAUGGCGCCUCCUCGGUGGAUCAGGAGUGUGUUAUGGCGCCUGCUCGGUGGAUCAGGAGUGUGUUAUGGCGCCUGCUCGGUGGAUCAGGAGUGUGUUAUGGCGCCUCCUCGGUGGAUCAGGAGUGUGUUAUGGCGCCUGCUCGGUGGAUCAGGAGUGUGUUAUGGCGCCUGCUCGGUGGAUUGAGAGUGUGUUAUGGUGCCUGCUCGGUGGAUCAGGAGUGUGUUAUGGCGCCUGCUCGGUGGAUCAGGAGUGUGUUAUGGCGCCUGCUCGGUGGAUCAGGAGUGUGUUAUGGCGCCUCCUCGGUGGAUCAGGAGUGUGUUAUGGCGCCUGCUCGGUGGAUCAGGAGUGUGUUAUGGCGCCUGCUCGGUGGAUUGAGAGUGUGUUAUGGUGCCUGCUCGGUGGAUCAGGAGUGUGUUAUGGCGCCUGCUCGGUGGAUCAGGAGUGUGUUAUGGCGCCUGCUCGGUGGAUCAGGAGUGUGUUAUGGCGCCUGCUCGGUGGAUCAGGAGUGUGUUAUGGCGCCUGCUCGGUGGAUCAGGAGUGUGUUAUGGCGCCUGCUCGGUGGAUCAGGAGUGUGUUAUGGCGCCUGCUCGGUGGAUCAGGAGUGUGUUAUGGCGCCUGCUCGGUGGAUCAGGAGUGUGUUAUGGCGCCUCCUCGGUGGAUCAGGAGUGUGUUAUGGCGCCUGCUCGGUGGAUCAGGAGUGUGUUAUGGCGCCUCCUCGGUGGAUCAGGAGUGUGUUAUGGCGCCUGCUCGGUGGAUCAGGAGUGUGUUAUGGCGCCUGCUCGGUGGAUUGAGAGUGUGUUAUGGUGCCUGCUCGGUGGAUCAGGAGUGUGUUAUGGCGCCUGCUCGGUGGAUCAGGAGUGUGUUAUGGCGCCUGCUCAGUGGAUUGAGAGAUUGUAUUGAGAGUUGGGAGCAGAGCGUCCCCAGUGGCUCCUCAGACUCUUAUCUCAGGGAGGAGCAGCCGAGAGCAUCCAGGGAAGCUCUGAUCAAGUCCUGUCUCAAUCGCUUCUAA